AUGAUCUUCAUCGCCGCCUCCUGGCUGCUUGCCCUGGGCGGAACCUGGCUCGGCUGGUGGGUCGGCCUCGCCUACACCAUGCAGACGGCCCCGCAGGGCCUCGCCCCCAGCAACAUGGCCCUCGCCCUCGCGCUGCCCUCCGGCUCGCUCCUCACCGGAGCUGCGGCCCUCUACCAGUACUGGGGCACCGACGCCGCCUGGCGCUUCACCCUUCUCGCCCCGCCCAUGCUCCUCUCUGGCGCCAUCAUCGCCCUGUUCGCCAGCGAAGGGCCCUUGCGCAACAACUAA